GUGGAUUUACUCUAGUGUUGUCAACGUUUAAUGAUUGAUUUCUACAUUAUAUUAGUUUUAUGAUAUUAUUGAUCAACAUCAGUAUUAGUUUUGUAUUUCUUUGUAUAACUUUACUGACAAAAAAAAUCAAUUUGCCUCUAUUUCUCAAUCAAAUCACAUUUGUUCUGAGACCACUUUUGAUUACAAUAUGUAGCCACUUACCGCGCGAAAUUUUGAUGAACAAAACAUGUGGGGAUAGGCUAGGCCUAGCCUGGGCCUUGUAGAAAGCUGUGCUUACUUUAUUAUUUUCCUCUUCAAUAAUAUGAAUAUCGAAAAAGAUGAAGAUGCGAACCUAUCUGGUAUGCUUGAAACGUACAUCAAAACACAGCAUGAACAAGAGUUGAUAGAGAUUCUAUCUCUUGAUGAAGAAAAUGACCAUUUUCCUGUAUAUAUUGAUGCUAUGACUUUAUUUGAAAAUAAUAUGCGAUUGAGUGAGUUGAUCCUUCAAAACCCACUUCAGGGAUUACCAGUCAUUGACAGUGCAUUGAAGACUGUUGCCAGGAACAUAUUCAAGAAUAGCCCAAUCAAAGACAGAAUGAUAUUGAAGAUGAAUCUGCAUGCAAGGAUGACAAGCCUACCUGUCUGUCCUGAACUGAUGAGGAUCAUCUUGCCAAAGAAUUGUGACAUCGGCAAAUUUGUUUCAAUUUCAGGUACUGUCAUCCGUGGUGGUGCAAUUAAACUCCUAGAAUUUGAGAAAGAUUUCAUGUGCUCUCGUUGCAGGACUGUUUUCACAGUUCAGGCUGAUUUUGAACAGUUUUAUCGUGAUUGUAAACCUGAGGGAUGUCCAUUUGAAGAGGGGUGUGGGUCAAUGCAAUUCACCUGUCUCAACGACUCUAGCACCGGCCCAACUCGUUGCCGUGACUACCAAGAAAUCAAGAUUCAAGAACAAGUUCAGAAGUUGGCAGUGGGAACAAUACCAAGGUCAAUGUGGGUCGUACUGGAAGAUGAUUUAGUUGACACUUGUAAGGCAGGUGAUGAUGUCACUGUCAGUGGUAUUAUUAUGAGGAGGUGGAACCAUCUUGGUAUUAACAACAAGUGUGAAAUUGAGCUGGUAGUAAAGGCAAACAAUAUUCAAGUGAAUAAUGAACAACAUGGGGCACAGUCUGUUACCAAUGAAUUAAAAAAAGAAUUUGAAGAUUUUUGGGAAAGCCACAAAUAUGCACCAUUCACAGCCCGUAAUGUUGUUUUAUCCAGCGUCUGUCCUCAAAUUUAUGGCUUGUAUGUCGUAAAAUUAGCAGUCGCUAUGGUGAUGAUUGGGGGUGUACAGAAAGUGGACCAAUCAGGAACCCGAACAAGAGGCGAAUGUCAUCUCCUCCUUGUUGGUGAUCCAGGCACAGGCAAGUCACAGUUUUUAAAAUAUGCUGCAAAGGUGAUUCCAAGAUCAGUACUGACCACAGGAAUUGGGUCAACUAACGCCGGCUUGACCGUCACUGCUGUCAAAGAUUCCGGGGAAUGGCAGUUAGAAGCAGGGGCACUGGUUCUAGCUGAUGGCGGAAUCUGCUGUAUAGAUGAAUUUAAUAGCAUCCGUGAGCAUGAUCGUGCCAGCAUACACGAAGCAAUGGAACAACAGACCAUCAGUGUUGCUAAGGCUGGUCUUGUCUGCAAAUUAAAUGCUCGAACCAAAGUCUUAGCAGCAACAAACCCCAAAGGAAAGUAUGAUCCAUCUGAAGACUUGAGUGUAAAUAUUGCCCUCGCAAGUCCAUUGCUGAGCAGGUUUGAUAUGGUGCUAGUAUUAUUAGACAACCAAAAUGAGGAAUGGGAUAAGAUUAUUUCAUCUUUUAUUUUACAAGACAAGAUUCCUGGAUCCAAAGAUGAUACCUCUGAUCAACUUUGGAGCUUAGAGAAGAUGCAGGCAUAUUUUACAUUGGUAACAUCUGUGGAGCCUACUAUGACAGAAGAUGCAACAAUUGUGUUAUCAAGAUAUUACCAAGCUCAACGCAAGGCAGAUCAACGAAAUGCGGCACGUACAACGAUACGUUUACUGGAGAGUAUGGUUCGUUUGUCACAAGCUCACGCCAGGCUUAUGUAUCGAGAUGAAGUGCGAGUUUGCGAUGCAGUCGUGGCCGUCAGUGUGAUGGAGUCGAGCAUGUAUGGGGCUGCAUUACUGGGAGGAAUCAAUGCAUUGCAUACAUCCUUCCCAGAAGACCCAGAACAAGAAUACAAGGUGCAGGCUGAGAUGAUCUUGACACAUUUAGAGCUUCAUGACAUCUUAUCUGUAGAGAUGGAACGACUCUCACGCCAAGAAUCUGAAGGAAAAGAAAGUUUGUUGCGAAAAAAUGAAAGCAUUCUGGAACAAAAAGCUAUAACCAUACUUGAUAACGGCAACAAACACGAAAGCAUGCCGGAACAAGGUACAGUGAACUUACUUGAUAACAGCAACAUUAAUGAAAGUAUACAGGAGCAAGACACGGUAAACUUAUUUGAUACCAGUGAAGAAAAUGAAUUUAAUGAAUCCUUACGCAGUUCGCAUGAUCGUUCAGACAUUAUUGGAAGUGCAGAACACAAAAAAAGAUUGAUAGAUACAGAUGGAAAUAAAGAGGACGUUCUGGUAGCUGUUACCAAUGGAAACUCAUUACGUAAAGGUCAAAAGGAUUCCACCGAAAAUGAUGCACAAAAGGAUUCCAUCGAAAAUGAUGCAUGUGAUUGCUCUACUGAUGACACAGAUGAUUUUCUUGCAAACGUUGCUCAAGAAGUUUUUAAUGAGAUUAAAGCAUCAUCGGAAACAACAUUAAGUAAUGAAGACGAAACCAUUUCUCAGAUUAAUGAUACAGUCUUAAUUGAUUCUCAACAUUGUCUGACAAGUCAAGAUAAAAAUUCAGCCCAUAAUGUUGGUAAUAAGACGUCACAUGAUUCAAACGGCAAGAAGAAACGAACCGCUGAGGGCAUGCUACACAUGCAGCCUGCAGAAAAGAAAAGCAAAGCCAUGUUAAUUAGCGAGAAAACUGUGAGAAAACUGAAUGCAUUCAGUUUUAGUAACUCAUCUAAAUGUAAUUCUGAAGGCCCACAAAACAAGAAACAAAAUGCAACAUCCUUUAGCAAACCAAAACCAAAAAAUCAUUUUCCAGCCUCAUCCCAAAUAUUCACAACUGACGACUGCCUAGAUGAAUUAGAUUUAAGUGAUUUGUGAAACAACUGAUUUAUAAAUUAGGUGAUCUCUUAAGGUACAGGCGUGAUCUAUACACCUUUGAAUUGCACAAACCUGUAUUUGGCAAGUAAUUCUUGGGCUAGCAUUAAGUCAUCUUCCAGCAUUUCCAGAAUUGGUAAGUGAUGGAUAUUUUGUCUGUUUACCAAGGUCCUUGUUACUUGGAGGCAUCUUACUUCAGACCGUAAACUGGUAGCACUGCCAUCACUUCUUCAAACUCUUGACCUUUGACAACAUUCCAUUUUUGGUAUUUUGAUUAAUUUGAGAUUGAUUUGUAAACUUCACACAUUCCUGUCUUGUUGUAUUCUAUCCUUGCCAUUUCUAUUUAUAGUGAUAAGUUAUUUGCACUCAUUUUUGCCACAUUUGGAAAAACUAGAAGUUGAGUUAAAUGAGGCAUGUCGUGGCGAAAUUGUUAAGUUGUCGCACAGGCCAUUAUUGAGUAAAUUAGCUUUAAAAUAUGAGAGUUCAAAAAAUUGUCUAAAAGUCCAAGUUUUUUUUCACUGUAGAUCAACAGUUUAAUUGUAUUAAUCAUGUCCCAAAUUAUUAGUUCUGCAAAUGGUCAACAAAUCGUUUAUUUAACGUUAUUUUGAUAGUUAUUUCUAUUAAACAAUGUAUGCACAAAUAACUUUGGAAGGCCAUUACUCAAAAUCGUGUUUAUCUUGACUCUAAGAUUGCUGUACUUUCACUUUCCAAUAACUUAGGAUUGAAAUGUCCCAUUUCAAUGAAUAACUCCUUAUUUUAAAGAUUACAUACUCAGGUAUCUGAAAAUACCAAUAAUUCCAAUUUUUGCUACAACUUAGCCAUUUUGCCACAACAUGCCUCAUAGAGCGUUUAGAUGGUCAUAUAGGUUGUGUCUGGAUUGUACUUGCACCACCUUAUGUUUGGAGUGAGAACUUUGAUGUUAGUUUAGGCUAACUUUGUAUAAUAAAUUAUAAACAUUAAGUUUAUCUUUAUACUGGUUGCAGUAGAAGUUCUACAGGAAUUGAACCCAGGACCCUGGGAUUGGAAGGUAAUACUUAAGGUAAAGCAAGCUACAGCUGGUUGCCUGUAAACUACUUUCAUAAACAUCUCUUACUAGUCUGUUUAAAUCUGCAGCCAGCAUUAACUCAUCUUUCAACGUUCCUAGAAUUGGUAAGUGAUGGAUAGAUAGAUAUAUUUACAGAGGUCCUUAUUACUUGGAGGCAUCUGACUUUCAGACUGGAAACUGGUUGUACUAACAUCACUUCUUCAAACUCUUGUCCUUCAGCUAAUGCUUUGGGAUAAUACACUUGCUCUUCCAUCCUGCAGUUAGAUGAUUUCCUAAGAUACAUGUGUGAUCAUACGGGUCUGAAUUACACAACUUGCAUUUGGAAAGAUUUCAUUUUUGUGUUGUAUAUUCUCCAUGUUGGUUCCCUAACACAGUUCAUCCAGAUUAAUCUAACAGUUCUUUGAGAUUAAUUUGUAAACUUGACAUAUGCUGAUAUUUCUAUCUGGAGCCAGCACAACUUACCGUAUCUUCUUUCAACUUCCCCAGAAUGGUAAUGAUGGAUAUUUUCUCUGUUUAGGUCCUUAUUACUUGAAGCCAUCUUACUUUCAGACUGUAAACUGGUAGCACCAACAUCACUUCUUCAAUGUCUUUUAGCUAAUGUGUGGGAUACUUCACUUCUCUUGCUCUUCCGUUCUCCAGUUAGAUGAUUCUUUACAAUCCACGGGUGAUCCAGACGGGUGUGAACUACACAACUUUUAUUUUGCAUGAUUCGAUUUUUUGAAUCGUACUUUCUCCAUGUGGGUUCCCCAACAAAGUUCAUUCAGAUAAGUCCAACAGUUUCUUGGCAAUUGAUUUGUAAACUUGGCUUCUGUCUUCUUGGUUUUUAUCUUUGACUUGCUAUUUAUAGCAUGAGAA